UCGACUCGUCCAGGAAUCGUUCCAGCACCGAGUCAACUCAGCAAGAGUAGGUCUUCUCUCUCUCUAGAUCUCGAGUCCCCCGAAACGAAACGGAACGAAUCCACCACAUCAACCAUGCGGGCAAAAUCGCCGCCGUCGUACUCCGGCACCGCCGCCGCCGCCGCCGCCGCGAAGCCGACCUCCCAGACCCCCUUCACCACCCUCUCCUACACCGCGUCCGCCUCCGCCGCCGCCGCCUCUUCCUUCCUCGCCACCCGCCGCCCCUGGCGCGAGUUCCUCGACGUCACCUCCCUCUCCCUCCCCGCCGGCUACGCCGACGCCACCGCCCGCAUCCGCCGCAACUGCGACCACUUCCGCGUCAACUACGCCAUGGUCGCCCUCGGCCUGCUCUUCCUGAGCCUCCUGUGGCACCCGGUCUCGCUGAUCGUCUUCAUCGCGGUCUUCGUCGCCUGGUACUUCCUCUACUUCUCCCGCGACAGCCCCCUGGUGGUCCUCGGUCGGACCGUCGACGAUAGGGUCGUGAUGGCGGCGCUCGGCCUGGUGACCGUGGUGGCUCUGGUGCUCACCGACGUGGGGCUGAACGUGCUGGUCUCGCUGCUGAUCGCGGUUUUCCUCCUAGGGUUGCAUUCCGCGUUCCGGAACCCGGACAGCUUGUAUGUAGACGAAGAGACCACGGCCGGGGGCGGGCUGGUGUCGGUUGUCGCCGGCCAGCCAAUGAGGGCCACGGCCUAUACACGGAUUUGAGUUGAAUUCAUUUGAUUGUGUUGAGAGAUUGUGUGGUGCUUGUUGUUCGCUUGGUGUCUGAUGCAGUGUCCUUGGUUCGGCUCGAGAUGCAGUUCUGGAAUUUUUUUGUGGAAUUUGGAUCAAUGUGAGAGUCUUGACAGGAAUUCAUGGGACUUGUGCAUUGAGAUUUGGCUUUGCAUUGCUCGGGUUUCGAUAUGGCUGCUGAAAGUAGUUGCAUCUUUCGAUGCCGGAUCUUCUGGUUCCGGACGGCGAAGAAAAGCAAGAAUGGUCCCGCUGUUCGCGAGAGUGUGUUUAUCGGCGAGUUCGAACCCGUUACACUGCUCAUGUUCAUUCGCGACACGAACCGUGUCAUGCUUGUUGUCCAUUUUGUAGCCCGAAAAGACAGCAAGGGAUGGUCAUUUUGUGGUGUCGUCUCUCAUUGAACUGGUGAAGGCUUUUUGUCUUGAAUUACUCAGGAAACAGUAGAUGCCGAUUCGACAGAGUCCAGUCUUUUUUAGUCCUUCCUACUUUCAUUUGGUGUGUAAGUAUUCAAAGAUCUGUGAUUUGAUUUUUAGCAUUCUGAUUUCCGCACGAA